AUGCAGGCGGCGCAGCGCCAGCUGGAGUCCAGCGACGCGGCCAUCGCCGGCGUGCAGCGCAAGAUGCAGGACGACGUGCUGCAGCUCGAGUUCGAGGAGCGCACCGCCAGGCGGCAGCUGAUGACCGAGGCGAGGGCCAAGGUGCAGAGCGGGCUGCGCGCCGCCGAGGUGGCGCUCCAGCAGCGCCGCGACAGGUUGCGUGACAUGCUGCAAAAGGAGGACUCGGCGCUGACCGCAGAAUGUGUGGACCGCAUGCUGCGAGCUGACGGGGACAAGCUGGAGCAGAUGCGCGCACGGGUCGCCCAGGACCGCGCGCGGCGCGACGCGGAGGCGCGUCAGCUGGCGGAGGCGAAGCGGCUGCAGCAGUACCGGCUGCGCAUCGACGAGCUGCGGGGGCACCGGUCGCGGCUGCUGGCGCAGGAGGCGGUCAAGGGGCAGCUGUGCCAGAUAGAGGAGCGCCAGCGGCUGCGACAGCUCGAGAGGGACGAGGCGCGCUUCUGGGACGAGGUCAUGCGCAAGGAGGUCCAGGCCAAGAUGGCUCGGGAAGAGCAGGACGCGCGUGAGAAGGCGGACCGCGACCGGGAGAUGCGGGAGACGUUGGACAAGCAGGUGGCCGGGCUGGCCAGGCAGCGCGAGGAGGAGCAGCGGCUGCGCCAGGAGCAGAUGCGCCACAACGAGCACGUGCUGCGGCAGCUGAAGCUGGAGCAGCAGGGCCUGGCGGAGGAGCUGGAGAAGCGACGCGCGCAGCUGGCGGCCGAGCUGCAGGAGCAGAUCGCCGUCAGGCACCGCUUCCUGGACGAAGCGAAACGGCAGGAGGACGUCGUGGACCAGACGUUCGCCCGGCUGACGGAGGAGGCCCUCCGGAGGGAGAAGGCGCAGCAGCUCGACCUCUCGGGAAGAGCACUGUAUCGAAGCUGGUGUCGAUGCUCGCAGGCGUCGCUGCGUCGUGAGCAACAGCUGUUCCGAGAGAACCUGGAGGAGAUGCGCAGGAAGAAGAUGGAGGAGGAGUGCGAGCUGGACCGCCUGCUGGCCGAGGAGCAGGAGAAGCUGCGAGUGCGGCAGGACACGAUGCGCGCCAAGGCGAGGGCGGCCAGGGAGCAGCUCAUGGAGGGGGUGCUGAGCGAGAGGGCGCAGCAGCUGGAGCAUCGGCAGCGCCAGCGACAGCUGGAGGCGGAGCAGCAGCGCGCAGAGCGGGAGCUGGCGGAGCAGCUGCGGCGCGGCCACGAGGCCCUCACCCUGGAGCACCAGCGCCGGCGCGCCGAGCUGCAGCGCCAGUACGGCCGCGAGCUGCGCCAGCAGGCGGAGGUGGCCCGCCGGCUGCGGGUGAGCUGGGGCGCGCCUACCUGGGGCUGCAAAGAUGACGACGGCCACCAGCAGCAUAGUCGUAAGCGCACCGGCGACGCCGCCACCGGGGCAGAUGACGGUUUCCGGAAGCCACCAAAGAAGAAGGUCUCGAAGCAGCCGCAGCAGCGGCCUGACACGGACGCGGUGCCGACGUCUAACCGCUACGACGUCAUCCAAGACGGCGCGGACGACGUUCCACCGCCCCAGCAGCAACAGCAACAGCAGGGGCGACGAGUUACUGUAGCCCUGCAGCAACAGGUGGAUGGCGUCGGCGUUCACGAGGCCUCUGUCGACCAGUUUGCUGAUACUCUCACCGCAGCUCUGGAGGGAGCGACUCCCCACCCGCGCCCCAGCACAUUCGCAUCUUCCGCUCUCCCAGCGGAAAUCCUCCAGGACAUCCGCACUCGUAACCGCCUCUGCAAGGAUUGGCGUGUGACCCGGGACCCACAGCUGAAGCGCCAAAUCAACAGCCUGCGCCGUGACAUCAAGGCGGCGAUUGCCCAGCAUAAGAAUCGACGCUGGGCUGCGAAAUUGCAGGCGUUCACCCCCGACCCCAUGCUCUGGAAUGCUGAGGCGGAGCGUGCGGAGGUGGAGCGGCAGUGGCAGCAGGGCCUCCUGGAGGAGGAGGCGUACCUGCGGAAGGUGCAGGAGCUGCUGGCGCUGGGCACCGCCGAGGCCGACUACCCGAACCACCCCUUCCUGUCCGUCAUAGAGGGGCAGGCGCUGGCGCAACCUCCAGGCGCCGGAGACCAGCAGGCCGAGGUCGGAGCCGAGGAGUCCGUGGGCGGCCGGGAGGCGGCUGCAAGCGAGCGGGCUGCGGGUGACCAGCCGGAACAACAACAACAACAACAACAACAACAACAGCAACCACCGAAACAACGGAAGGAGGCGGAAGGGGAGGAGCGCCAGCCCGAGUGGGAUCCGCGGGUGUGCCACUGCCACGACGGCAGCUGA